AUGUAUUCAAAUGAUUUUGUUCCAUCAAAAGAUAUUCAAUUAAUAUCUUCUCAAUCAGAAUCACCAAUUCAAUUUACUAUACUCGAUCAAAAUCUACCAGUUACUGUGACUAUACAAAAUCAGGAAGUAAAUAAAUUGAUUCAAUUUAAUUGUGAAGAUUCGAUUACUCUUCAACGUCUUUGUGAGAUUGCAUGUGAAUUAUGUUGUUUGAAUAAUAAACAUUAUUGUUUAACUAUCGAUGGCACUAUUUCUUUAAAAGAUAUUACUGAUGAAAAUACGAUUGAAAUUAGUUUUCAAUUGGUAUCGACAGCGUCUCUCUAUUGUUCGAUCAUGUAUUGCAAUCAAGUUAUUAAAUUGCCAUGCUGUCAAGAUACACUAAUAAUGACCAUAAUUAAAGAAGUACUACAGAUAUUAAAUAAGUCAGAAGAUAUUAUGAAUAUGUAUGAAUUGAUAGCAUUGGAUGACGUAUUGUUUCCUGGUGGUUCAACGACUAUAUCCUUUAAAUUAAAGAACAAAAAUGAAUAA